AUGGGCAAUAGUCCGGGUUUCCCGGAGGCUCAGUCUCCCUAUCCUGGAGGUCGGCGAUUAUCUGACAAAGCUGUCCCAAAAAAUGAUAAUUUUGAACUCCGCUGGCAUCGGUUCAUCGAAUCAUUGGAUGUCACUGAUGAAAAAAUGAAGCUCAUUGAACAGUUGCCUUAUCCACGAAAGAUGGAAUUGGUUUUAAAUUAUGAGCUGAAUACGGUCAAGUUUUCACCAGCACACUGUGUGGAAAACAUUAAAAUGGCUCGAAUAGCGCAAAUUACGGCAUCCAAACGCAAACAAGAUCAUGAUGAUUUCCAGAAGGUAUUCACCUCCACAGAAAUAUCUUUACGUACAAAUAAGAUUGAAUGGGUUUUGGAAUUUUUAGAAAACCAUGGUCUGGAGGCGAUUGUCGCAUUUAUGGGUGAUUCCCUAAAAUAUCUUUCAAGAACGGAUACCUUUCGAAGCACGCAGUUGCAUGCGGACACAACUCGUCGCAAGGGUUCGAUGCCCGUGGAGGAAUUUGCGCCCUCAUCGCUGGCUCGCCGGGAUCCUUCCAGUCCAGCAAAAUCAAAAAACGCUCGUGGCCCCAGUGACAAACCUCCUCCUACUCCAAACUUCUCCCUGAGUCGAAAUAAAUCCGCCUCGCCUACUUUAAAAAGUCAAAACAUGCCACUGUCUACCUCGUUGACUCUCGAAACCCUGAAAGACUGUCUUCAUUUGUGUCUGAAAUGCUUCAAAACGCUGCUGAAUAACCAAGACGGGUGUACGAAAGCUUUUGAAAACCCUGAAGUAAUCGAAAUAAUCACAUUUUGCAUUUUGCAUCCAAAUUACGCGACGAAGGCAUUGGCACUUGAUUUGCUUUCAGCGAUUUGUCUUAUUGGAGGAGGUCAUCCUAGAGUUCUGAAAGCAUUCGACCACUUUCGUCGUACAAUCGGUGAAAAUGCGUGCUUUGAAACUGUGAUGAAUGAUUUUCGGGUUCAUGAGGACCUUCCACUGGAUCAGUACAAUCUGGAAUACUCGGUGGCCUGCAUUCAAUUUAUCAACAUUGUGGUUCAUUCUCCUGAGAAUAUAAACCUUCGAGUGUAUCUGCAGUACGCUUUUACUCUGCUUGGCCUCGAUGACUUCUUACGGGCCCUGCAAGCACGACCCGGAGACAAGUUGAAUCGGCAUGUAGAGGCCUACGUGAACAAUAUGGUCAACUGCUCCCUCCUGUUGGACGACGCGGAGGCCAAGGAGGCAGCUGUCGAAGAGGUCUCUCGUCUUGAGGCCGCUCUGGAGGCCUCCGAGAGCACAGCCAAACAACAAGCCGCCUCGUUUAAACAAAGAGAUAUAGCUCUCUCGGAGUUGGUCGAAUCACUUCGCGGAAAGAUCCGCGACAUCAACGUGGCGGCAGGACAGCAGGAGGCGGCAAACAAGCGUAUCACGGAGCUCGAACAGUCUCUGGCCGCGGCACACCGUCAAAUCCAGCGCCUACAGGAUGCCGCUGCCGCCAUUAACACUACAGCGGUUGAAACAGAGACCAAUAGCCUGGGUCAAGUUAGACCAGCGCCGAACCCGAGGCAGAAGAAGCCCUCGGUGUGCAACAUGACCACAUCCACGACUCUGCCUAUGGGUUUCGAGUUUGCUGCCACCGUGGAGAGUCAACAGGCGGCGGCAGCCACGGCGAGGCUAAAUGCCUCUCCACCCACGGUGGAGUCACGCCGCAAAUCUAUGUCCCUCGAGAUGCUCUCCACCACGAAUCGGUCCACAAUGGACAGUGGGAGUGACACUCCCUCCACCUUCCCCCUCUCCUCUGGCGCCGCCUCAUCUCGUCAUUCAUCCUCUUCCUCUGAAGUCAACUACGAUACCUUCUCGCGGAAAUCGGGGUCGAUUGCAGAGAAACCACGGCACGGCCUUAUCUCUUGCACUCUUAUCUCGCAAGUGUCGGACAUGGCGUUGGCGCGCAAGACUUUUGCCAACCUCUCCACGAAUCUCAGCGUGUUAAUCUCUCGAUUGGCCAGCACUUCGUGUCCCACGCCCCCAUGUCCCGCACCUGCGGUGCCUCUGCCGCGUUGGCACGCCUCUUCCUCCACCACCGGUGCUGCUGCACCGCGCCUCCGGUACGUCUUCGGCUGCGGCGGUGCUGCUACAUCCGCCUCUGCACAGCGGUGCCAUCAGCUGGCUACGGUGCUGCCUGAUCCCUGGGCCACCUGCUUCGCUUCUGCGCAUCGCGCCUUCAGACUCUGCACCGGAACUGGUGAAGUGGAAGAGGCAGAGAAGGAGGAGGAUGCUGAAGGGCAGGUUGAACAAGUAGAAGGAGCUGAUAAUACGGCUGUGAGGCUUCUCCAAUGGUUAGUCAGCACCCGUCUUGUAACAAAAGACGCAAUAAGGUUGGAAGCUCCCAUGGCAAUGACAACGGCGGAGGAUGAAGCGGACCAGCGUGAGACCGUCGAGGCUACCGCAGUGUUACCGCUCGUCACCGCUCUUCUCUCUGUCAGUCUAAACCCCUUCGUGGCCACUCGCCUCCUCUCUCUCCUUGAAGCUGCCACUGCUGUCUUUUGCGAUGGUAACGGAGGUAGUGGGUGGUGGAGCGGGUCGGAAGCUCUUCCACGCCUUUUUGACGCGGCGGAGGCGCACCUUCGUGUGCGACUGGUGAAUCGAGACCUCGCCAACAGCCCCGUUUAUCAAUCCACCGCUUCGGCCGACUGGCCUCUGUUGCAGGCAUUAUUACAAGUCAACCUGCUGCCUUUUGUGCUUACUGCAAACCUGCAGCUGCUUAUUGAGCAACUCUCGACACUGUCUGCUUGCUGCAACUCAAUAGUCGUCAACACCAAGCUGCCGACAGUACUUCGUAUUGCCGAGAGUCUGGCCGCCACUUUCUUGGGAAAACCCGAUUUCCUCAUCUUGGAGGGCUGUGAUUUCUCUUCUCUUGCGGACUGGUGGUUACUGAUGCGUCGCAAGUCGAUCGACGUGGAUGUUUUUGCUGACAGCACAAGCAGGGACAGUCCUUGUGUUCCUCGACGCGGUUCCGAGGGUGUCCUGCCUACCUCGGCAACAACCCACCGUCGCAAACCCUUCAUGGAGGCCCUCUACAAGGCUGUUGAACUUGUUGCUCCUGAGGCCCUUGACUGGACUCACGAUAUUGUUCAUUUGGAUGCUGCCUCUAGGGUUCUGCCCUCGGACAUGCGGGACCGUUUGCGUGAAUUGGAGUAUGGUUUGUCCUUGCGGGAUGCCCUAUUCCCGGCUCCCGAAAUCCCUGGUUACUUGCAGUAUCUGGCACCGGACGCUUGGGCCAAGGUGGGUGAGGUGAAGACCGCGCUGACGGAGGUGGAAAUCCUCAUUGGUGCUGCCGCUCACUGUAUCUACUCUGUCACGGGGCCGUCCCGACCGCCCACCUUCUCUGACCGCGACUUCGCAAUCGAGAUGGCCUCUUUCGCCCGGUUCUACUCAUCCUUUAAGAAGUGGACAUCGGAUGCGGAGAGGCGAGUGCGAAAUCUGGCUAAGGCGUCAUCAUGCAAGGUCCCCACCUCCGUUCACCGUCGCAACGGCGCUGCGAGUGAUAGCGGCGCGCGUCGCCAGCGCUCUGGCGGGUCCGCCUCUCGCUCCUCGCGCAACGGCCAUGACGAACAGGGCAGCGACUGUAAACGGCACAACUCGCGGCAUCUGAACACCGUUGGCAUUAUGGAUAACAUUCUUGCGGGGCUGGACUCGGAGCCGCUGUACGCGGACAUCCAUAGAGUGCAAGUGAAGGGUCAGCAAAAUGUCCCUUCAGCGGUCACUAACGUCGCCGCUGCCACUCCCUCCUCCCCCGCCUUCUCCUGGGCCCAGAGUUUAACGGCCAACAACGACCCUUUUGCCCCAGUUGUCUCUGCUACAUCUAGGGUAUCGCUAUCGGUGUGGGGUCAAGAGGAUAACUAG